AUGUCCAUUGCGGAUCUCAGCCCGGCCGAAUUCGCUACUCUCGUCCGCAACGCCGCGUCCAACAAGGCCGCCGUCAAGUCCGGCAAUGUUCCUCCGGCUUUGGCAACGGGCCUGACGGGCAAGACCGUUGCCAUGAUGUUCAGCAAGCGCAGCACCCGCACUCGCGUGUCGACGGAGGCUGCUGUUGCUCUCAUGGGCGGGCACCCUAUGUUCCUUGGCAAGGAUGACAUCCAGCUUGGAGUCAACGAGUCUCUGUACGACACCUCAAAAGUCAUCUCCUCCAUGACCUCCUGCAUGGUUGCCCGUGUUGGCCCUCACUCCGACGUUGCUGGCCUGGCUAAGGACUCCAGCGUUCCAGUGAUCAACGCCUUGUCUGACGACUACCACCCGCUGCAAAUCAUUGCAGACUUCUUGACUAUUCACGAGGCCUUCCCCUCUUCUCAGACCUCAGACAAGGCGGAUCUUGGUGUCAAGGGACUCAAGGUUGCGUGGAUUGGCGACUCCAACAACGUGCUCUUCGAUCUUGCCAUUGGCUGUGUCAAGAUGGGCGUUGACAUCGCCGUCGCCUCUCCCACCGGUUACGGCAUCCCUAACGCUAUGAAGUCGGUCAUUACGUCCGCCGCCAACGGAGUUUCCUCCCCGGGCAAGCUCAGCGAGACUACCGUUCCCGAGGAUGCCAUCAAGAACGCCGACAUUCUCGUUACCGACACCUGGGUGUCUAUGGGCCAGGAGGCCGAGACCCAGAAGCGUCUCAAGGCCUUUGCCGGCUACCAGAUCACCAACGACCUGGCCAAGCGUGGCGGUGCCAACGAGGGCUGGAAGUUUAUGCACUGCCUGCCCCGUCAUCCCGAGGAGGUUGCCGAUGAGGUCUUCUACAGCCCCAGGUCUCUGGUCUUCCCGGAGGCCGAGAACCGCCUGUGGGCUGCAGUUUCUGCUCUCGAGGGCUUCGUCGUCAACAAGGGCAAGAUCUAA